GUUUAGAUAAUGUAACGAACCACUAGUCUUUAAAAACAGGCUCUAAAAGUUUAACCGAGCCAGAAAGUCUCGCAUUGCGCACGAAAUAAGAUAUACUAAUAAAGCUAGAAUCAGAAGAACUUUAGAGAGAAAAUAACCACUGUCAAACGUGUUUAAAAAUACUGUCAGCUUGCCAUGUCAAAGACCAAAGAUCUUAGCAAAUUUUCGGUUGAAAAAUUGCAGGAGUUUUUAACGUCUUUCGACACAGUUCUAUCCGACAUCGACGGAGUUGUGUGGCAACUUAGUCAUCCUAUCGAGGGCGCUUUUGAAUCUUUAGCGAUAUUGCAAAAAUUGGGAAAGAAGAUAUAUUUGGUAACGAAUAAUACUGAGAAUGCGGAUCAAACUUAUUGUGAUAGAGCUCGAUGUGCUUGUUUGUAUUUGACUCCAGACCAUGUAAUUAAUAUCGUCAAAGUGAUUAUCUGGUAUUUGAAUAAGAUCGAUUUUCACGACAAGGUUUUCGCCAUCGUUUCGGAUGAAUCGCAGAACGCUUUGAAAAAAGCAGGAAUACAAAUAGAAGAAGAACCAAAAGUUUACGAUAAAAAAGUAGCUGCGACUAUAAAGAGCGUCUUGGACCGACCAUCCGUUAAAGCUGUAAUUUAUGAUUUCGAUAGUAAGUGCAAUUGGUCAAAAUUAGCUUUGGCCAUAUCAUGCCUUCAACGUAAGGAUGUGUUGUACAUAGCAGGGGCAGUGGAAAAUUGGAUACACGUAGAAUCAGUACCUUCUAAAAUAAGGAUCUUAGGUCCUGGAUCAUUCGUGCAUCUUAUUAGCGCACAAAGCGGAAGAAAACCGAUUCUAUGUGGCAAACCUAGCCAAACUUUAAAAGAUUAUAUUUUAGAUAUAUGCAACGUGACCGAUCCACAAAGAUGUUUGUUCAUCGGUGACACGGUUGAUCAAGACAUGAGGUUUGCCUCUAUGUGUGGAUUUAAGAAACUUCUCGUCGGUACGGGAAGUGAUUCUCUGGAAAAAGCGCAAAAAAACAUUGAUACUUAUCCUGAUUACUAUAUUCCUGCUUUGAGCCAGCUAUUUUCCACACACAAGAAUUUACAACUUUUACGUACUAUCAAUCACGAAAACAACUAAUCGCAUAUCCUUGGAUAGAAAAAUAAUUAAUAAUAAAUCAAUCUCUUAUUAAGGCAAAAUCAGUAAUCAAAUCGGUAGCAGUCCAUUUACAAAAAAUUAUUGUAAAGAAUAGAUAAUUAUAUCUUAAGUGUUGAAUUGCAUUUUUGAAAGACAUUAUUAUGCAUCCUGUAGCAAUUAUACGAUAAAUUAUGUAUAUUAUUCAGAUAUUUUAUACGCUUUUUAAUCGCUAUACUGAAUAAAUUUUGUAAAUAAAUCUAUUCUCCAUUUUUUGUCAAAUCUUACAUCGAUGAUUUCAUAUCUCAUAUUGAUAAUUU